AUAGAAGUAUUCUUGCACAGCGACCCAUAACAAAUCUCUCCACAGCUGGAUGAUCCCAACAGGCUGGCGAGCCUCGUGGUCCAUCCUAGGUCCGCGUCGCUACCCAGCUACUACUAUACUCACGUCUACCACCACCAGCACCAGCACCAGCACCAGCACCAUUCUCGCCAUGUCGUUCUCUACCGCAAGGAUCGUACAAGAGAUCCGGGACAAGUACAGGUCUGACGAGCUCGAAGCGAAAAGACAGCAGGAAAAGCAAGAAAAGAUUUCACAGAAGAAGAAAGCCGCAGCUGCUACCACAGCCACGGUUGCAGCGGGGAAGAAGAAGAAACUUGCAGGCAAGGUUAGGAAACCCAAAGACGUUGCCGGGUCGAGCGAUCGUGACAGCGUAGUACCUGAUUCCGAACCCGAACGUCUCGCCGAAGAACAAGAAGCCCAGCAAAAAGAGCGCAAGAAGGUGGUAGGAAAAGGGCUCCCUAAACCAAAGAACGUAGAGUAUGAUUCUCUACUUACGGCCUCGUAUACCUACGCUUCGAGGGAUUCUUCGGUACAGGAGGUUGAGAUCGGGACUCCGGAAUACGAGAUCACCUCUUUGCCACACGGAAAGAACCGGCCUGUGAGAGUUGUCGAUGCGGAUGACGAUUCUGAUGCUGAUAUGGAGCACGUCGGCGACGGCGAUAUCGAGUUUUUGGGUGCCAACAAGAUGAACCUCGACCAGUACCGGUAUCACAAACCCGGUAAGGCGUCUGCGGUCACGGUCGCGGCGAGAGCUAUCACUUCCAGGUCGGGCUUGGCGGAACAAUCCAAGGGCUCCAAGUCGGGGAUGCCCGCUCCGGGGAGUAUGGACAAGUUCCUGAACGGUAUCCAUCAGCCGCAACCCGAGGCUUCUACCUCUACAUCCAGAUCUGGGUCUACCGAACAGGCAGAAGGAGCUGGAAAAAAAAUGGGGAACGGGAAAAAGACGAUGUCACGAGCGAAUAGCAAAGCCAAAGCGAUUCCUAAACCCAAGGUACCUAAGAAGGAGAAGGUCGAACUACCAGAGUAUCCCGUUUCCGAGGUCUUGAUGAAAGAGCUGGAUGGGUGUGUCGUUUGCGGGAAGCCGUGGCCGCCGAGACAGAUGUUGAAGACGAAAUGGAGACACAUGGUGGAAUGUACAGAAUCGCCUGAUACACCCGGCUCGGACCCUCUCCCUCUACCUCGAAUCGAAUCCCUGAUCAACUCCGCCCUGUCCAAGAUCUCCCGCCACCUCGACAACCCCGUCCCUUCCACUCAAGCCACCUUGCUGGAGACGCUGGCUCAUGGACAAGUAGUCAAGCGGUACGACCACAAUGGACACUUGGUCGUGCCCCUCCCGGAGAAGAAGAGGGUCAAGAGAAAGGCGUUGGCGGGGUUGCCAAAGGAUGUCAGGGUGAUCCCCGCUCAUAUACAGGGAGAGAACGGGAGGACAUUGGAGUUAGAGAUAGAGAGGGAGUAUGCGGCGAUGUUCGGUAGUCAGGAAGGUUCACAGGGGGACAAGGAGAACGUCGAUAUUGAAACGCUGGAAGGCGAAGCGCUGGAGGAAACACGUGAGGGUUCGGUUGACAUGGAUGUGGACAUGGACGCAGAGAGGAUGAGUAGCCCGGGAGCUCCACCGACUCAGGGUUUUGCCGAAUCGGUGCUCGCUAGGCACGGACGGGAGACGGUCGAUCUGGCGGAUCGUCUUUCGGGGGAACAAAACGACAGUCAGAAACAAUACACGGCGACAACGAGGAGGAGGACGAGCUCGAAUCGGAUACGGAAGAAGUCGCUCGGGGGCAAAAGAGAAGAAAGCUCGAUGAUGGGUAUGAAGCUGGGCGAGAUGGGUCGGAGAGGGUUGGAGGGUUUCGAAGCGCUCUCCUUGCGGGGCGGGGCGGGGGAGGAAGAGGACUCUGGGACGCGUCGGCCGGAGCUUGAUAGGUUCUCUUCGCCUAGCGAGACGGGCGUCAUCGAGAUUGAUGAUACGACGGUGCUGGACGAGGCGUCGGAGAGGGCUUCGUCGGAUGACUUUGAGGUCAUCGAGGUCAAGAAGGGUGUGUCAGGAGGAGGAGCUGAAAGGGUAAUAUCAGGGAGAGUGCUCGGGGUUGCCGAAAGUACGUGGCAGCGACAUGACAGCGCGAGGAGCGUAUCCUCUUCGGGAAGAAAGCGAAAGAGGUCCCCCAACAAUACUCUGGACAUCAGUAACCAGGAUUCAGUCAGGUCGAAAGAUUCUGGUACCGGCGUUUCCGAACGAUUUCGGGCGUUCAACGUGAAGAGAUCGGUCUCGCCACUGGGACGGGAAGAGUUCGAUGCCGGUAUUGACGUGAUCGAUCUGGAAGACGAUUACUGGGGCGAUGGAGCGCAAUUGCAUUGGUCGCCGUCGCCGAGUCGGGAUGCCGAGGCGGCCGGAUUGCCUGAAAGCACGCCGGGUUCGCCGAACCUAGCUCCCAACAUGGAGGAGCUAGAUUACGAGCCGGAAGAUGUAGAAGGGGGAGAGGGCGUCCUCACUUUUGAACCCGGCAGCUUCGCCGCUGAUAGCUCGGCAGAAGAGUUUGAGUUCGAAGAGUCUGAAGAAGAGGUAGAAAAGCCCGAAGAGCCUGUGGUCUCAGUCGCACCCGCUGUAGCCGAGACAUCGGCUGAUCAGAGAGCGAGGGGUAUGCCGGAUUACGAAAAGAUGGAUCUCGAUGACCUGCAGAAAGCGGUUGCGAAAUACGGUUUCCGUAAGAGCAAGAUCAAGGCUACCAUGAUACGUCAACUCGAACAAUGCUGGGUCGCCCUCAAUCCCCCAAAAGCCCCUGCUAAACCGAGAAAAACACCCGCUAAGGCCAAGAAAACCACUGCAACGACCGUGAAGCGAAAAACUGUCAAGGCGAGGGCGAUAUCUCCGGCCGAUAGUGCAACCUCGGAAGAAGUGCCUCUGGCCGAUCAAGACGGGGUUAAGAAAACGAAGAAGAAGAAAGAAAAGGUGGUCAAACCGCCUCCAAUGACGGUAGAACAGCUUUAUCAAGUGUUCCAAAGCAUGCUCAUCGGCGACAACGAAGUCUAUUCGAGGCUGCUUCGCUAUGAACCAUUGCCUUUUGACGAGCUGAUUGGCAUGGGUACCGAGAAGGGCAUCACGAAAGUUGGUUGGAAGAAGGACUUGAGAAAAUACCUCGACGAACAAUCGAUCGCAUUCUAUACUGACGACCCCACCGGGCCAAGAGCCCGUCGAUGAAACCGAGCCACUCUGCUUCUGGAUACAAGAUACGCAAAUGACGACUACUUUGAUGAGAAAACGAACGACCUGUAAAUGUCCGUGGGAAAAAUGUCCUUGUACCCCCUACACCCAACAAACAUGCACAUCUAGCCUCUUCGUACGGGACUUUCGAAAGCUGACAGCUUGUCAAGACUGCCACUGGACACCAUCCGUUGCAUCCUCUUCUGGUGCCACGAAGGCCCUACGCUGGUCCGAUUCAGGACUGGGUCGACAGGGG